AUGGCCCAUUUCGAUUUAACGGGGGAGGAGAAUGCAGGCACCUACUUUGCGGCGCUGCCAGGCACCUCUGGCACUGACUUUGUGCAGCACAAUACUACUCCCAUGAAGGCCAGAUUCUUUGCUUCCAGGGACGAGGUGGCGGGGUGCCAUCCUAGUCGCUGGAUCUACGAGCUCAUCAACAAUCGCUUCACCGUCUGUGACCUCUUCGACCGAGCCCGAGCCCAAAGCGCUGAAUUCGAUAGCCCCUACACGUGGGAUCAUCCUCAUAAGCUGGUCAUCAACGGCAAUCAAAGCUACUCAACAAGUUCGGCUCAGAUAGUUUCUUCAAUAUGCCUGGACUGCCACUUUCAUUUUGUCUUCAAGAUGGCUUGGGAAGAGGACCACACGAGCGGACUUUGCCACCAUUCGCAAGCAGCCUGGCCGCUGCAAGACAACAUGUUUCCAUGGCACCAUCUUGCAUGGGCGGGCUCUGCGUCUCCAGGAAACAUGGCCAGCGAUUACAGCAAAUACAACCCCCUCCUGGCGAGAGAGAACUUUGUCUGCACCGCUGCCCCCUGCACACUCCAAAUCACGUUGGAGAUUAGCCAGCCCAGAAUGCCCAGCUGGUGGGUGAAACUGCUUCUCGACCACGAGGCAAUCAGACACGAACUCGACGUUGCCAGAGAGCAGGAUCCAGGUAGAUACGAAGGAGCCACAGACGAAUGGGCCUACCAAACGCCUCUGAAUCUCAAUACGUAUCUCAAGAACCAGUUGGAGUCGACCGCCGAGACAGUACGAAGCAUAUCAAAACGUAACAAGCGCUUCGCUGUUCUAUUCGGACCGCGGUGCUUCUCUAUCUUUAGGGAACUCGAGUUCCAAGAAAAGAUAGAAGACAACAACGGCGUCGACGAAGGAUCCUUUACACCACGCCCUGCCGCACCCUCAGCCGGGCCGUUAGGCACCACCGAAAUAAAUACUUAUCGAGCAUACCUUGAGGACGUUCGGGCAGAGGUACAGUGUCUGAUACACAAGGCUGGGCAAGCUGCCGAAAAGCCUACUUUCUGCACUCCAAUGUUGCAUGGAGUACUCCAGUGCGCCGAGGUCAAGGACGUUGAGUCGAAUGCCCUGGUUGGCACGGACCGAUACAAGCUUCUGGGUGUUUUACCCUCACAGGGUAGAGAAAUUGUGGUCAACGCGUACAAGCGACAGUGGGAUCUUCUACCUUCCUCUCGGAAAGAGCUUAUUGACGCUCUUCUGAACGUCGCCAAUGACGCUCAAGACGACCUUCUUAUCGAGUAUGCCGUCACACAAUCAUCGGUGUACGAGAGUCAACCACGCCAGCAAGCUGUGGCCGAUGACGGCGGCACCGUUUUGCAGUCAUUGGCGUAUUUUGAGCUCACCCCGCCGAACAAUUACCCUGCCGAGGCUAUCAUCCGCGCGUUCAGGAAGAAGCUAGUCGAUGACCCAGCCGAUGCCAGCACAGCCAGGGGCGUGCUGAUGAUGAUUGCGUCGGAGUCUCAGGAUGAUCACUAUCAGGCAAAUCUGCUCAUGGAAGCCGAUCAAAAGAUGUCUCUGGAGACUGCCAAACACGUCAUUGGCCUAAACGAUUCAUCAAACAUUAUAUCCGACGCGGGUCCGGCCACUCGUAAAAAGCUCCAACAGUGCCAGAAACCAAAGGCGAGGAAACUUUACUUGGACGCUCUUGACUCGAUCGCUGAGCAUACAGCAUCACCUUCGCUGAAACAAGCAGCGCAGGAACUCGCCCACGAAAGUGAGUCGGGUAUUGGUAUGGGUAGUGCAGACUCUGGCGCUCCCGUCGACUUUUCAUUGCCGGUUGGUCUGGACAAUAUUGGAAACACAUGCUAUCUCAACAGUCUGCUGCAAUAUCUCUUUACAGUCAAGCCUGUGCGAGAUGUUGUCUUUGAUUACGACGACCUCAAGCUCGGCUUAUCUGAAGACGCGAUCGAUAAACGCCGCAUUGGUGGGAACAAGAUGCAGAUGGACAGAGGAGAAGCUGUUGUUGCAGAUGCUUUUGCUCAAGAACUCGCUACCCUGUUCAAUACUCUCCAAAAAUCAGAAAAGACAGCGACCAGACCUUCGCAGCGUUUAGCCAACGCCGUUUUGCUAUCAACUCACACGUUGUUGAAUAGCGAGAAGGCAGGUGAUCGGCAAGGUAGUCCUUUGCCUCCACCGCUCCCGUCUAGGCCUUUGCCGGAACCAGCUGCUGCCUUUGGAGAUGGCUCGGGGGACGUUAACAUGGUUGACUUUGAGCAUCGUGGCACUGCUCCUCUAGAUACAGCCAGUCUUUCUAGCACCAAGACUUUGGUGGAGCACGAGGCAAGCCCGGAACCCUCGCACGAGCGCGUUGAAAACGUUGCAGAGCCAGAUGGCCAGAUGAUUACAUCUACGACAGAGACAAGCAAUGCAGAUGACGCAGUCAUGGUAGAUGGCGUAGCGCCAGCCUCAAAACCGAGCGGAGAUACCCAAGCUGAAAAGCCGAUCCCCACACUCGAUGCAAGGACCACCGAUGUCGAUAUGGUCGACGCGGAGGCUCCUGAAACUAUCGAUCAAAAAGUGCUUAGCGCACUCGAACGCCAGAAGCGAUCUUCGGGCACAGAUCAACAGGACGUCGAGGAGGUGAUGGGCAGUAUCAUCAAUCGCUUGCAAGCCGCUAUUCGGCCUAGUUCCGUCGACGACAAGACCGGAAUACAGCUUGAGAGGUUGAUGGAGACAUUCUUCGUCACGACAGUCAAUUAUACCAAGAAGUUUCACGAGCAGAAGUACCAGCAUGAGGUUAGCUUCGACAGAUCAAUCACGGCUUUUCCGGCCGAGAACGGGCCAUGCAGCCUGUACGACGCUCUCGGCCGCAACUUUGAUCAGCAGAUUCUGGAAGAGAGCAAGCUAUCACGCUACACUACCAUCAGGACGCUGCCGCCGAUUCUGCAUGUGCUGAUUCAGCGCACACAGUCUACCGGUAGCAAGAAUGGCAACCCGGUCAUUAUUCCCGAAACCCUGUAUGUAGAUCGAUUCAUGGAUAUGGACCAUGAUUCACCGGCUUUCCAGCGACGUGUGGAGGACUGGAUCACGGCGAAAAGAAUUGCCGAUAUCAAGACAGAUCUUGCGAAGCUCGAGGACAACCCCUCGUACUUGAGAUCACUUGAGCAUUAUAAAGCUCCCGAACCCCUUACUUCCGCCAAACUUUCAACGCAGGACGACGCGCCGGAAGAGGUGGAAACUUUUGACUUUGACGGCCCUGUGGAGGACGACUUUUUGCUCAUUUCGCCCUCGAAGCCGGUCGUUGAACAAGAGGAGGUGUCCGUUCCCAAGGUCACCGGUGUCUACGAGACGUACUGCCAAGUCAAGCAGAUGAUGGAAGACGAGCUGACACGCUGCGAGGAAACCAUAACAGCGCACAAUGAAGAACUGAAGGAGGUUGCCUACCGCCUGCAUGCCGUCAUCUGCCAUCGUGGCCAGCUCAUGUCUGGCCACUACUGGGUCUGGAUCCGCGACUUUCAGGACAAUGUGUGGCGGUGGUACAAUGACGCCGACGUCAAGGAGAACAAGGACACUGAGGAGGUGCUCCGUACUCUAAGCACGAGCGGCGAGCCGUACUUUUUGUGCUACGUGCGGGACGGAGACAAGGACAAGUACGUCAACGUUCCGAAGCGCGAGCAACCACUACAGCCUGAGCCGGGGCCUGUACCGGAGCCUGUGCCGGAACUCGUGCCGGAACUUGUGCCCGAGGGGACCUCGCCGCCAGAGAGCGCCUCGCCGGAGCCGGAGAAGCUGGUUGAUGGUGGCGUGCGUGAGAUGCUAACGCCACCGCCAGAACCUGCAGCUUAG